AUGUUGACAGCCCUGAGAAGUAUCAGUGCUACUCGAACCAAGAUCAAGAACAUCAUCAUCAUCAUGAAGUCGUUUGCUGCGCUGGCAUUGGGCCUGCAGGCCGUGGCGGCCAAGGUGUCCUAUGACGGGUACAAGGUCUUCCACAUUGAGACCAGCGACUUUGAGGCUAUGCAGGCCAAGCUCUCCGACAUUGAGUACGUGUCUCUCGACUGCGAGAGCAACCACAAGUCCCUCGAGGUGGCUGUUGCGCCUCAGGACCUGGAGGCCUUUGAGGCCCUCGGACUCGACGUGGAGGUCUCGAUUGAAGACAUGGGCGCGGAGAUAGCCAAGGAAGGCGACAUCAAGCCAUACAAGGCUAGGAAGAAGGCCCGCGACGUUUGCACCGGUCUUCCCGACAUGUCCUGGUUCGAUUCGUACCAUGUUUUUGAAGAUCACCUCGACUUCCUCGAGGAUCUGCAGAGCGCCUUUGUGCGGAACUCUGAGCUGUUCGAUGCCGGCCUGUCGCUCGAAGGACGUCCGCUCAGGGGCAUCCACCUCUGGGGUCGUGAUGGCCCUGGAAUCAAGCCUGCCAUCAUCUGGCACGCCACCGUCCAUGCUCGUGAAUGGAUCACCACCCCGACUGUCGAGUACAUGGCCUACCAAAUCAUCCGCGACUACCGCAUCAAGGAGCCUCUCAUCACCGAGACGCUAGACAAUUAUGAUUUCUACAUCAUGCCUGUCAUCAACCCCGAUGGCUUCGUGCACACCCAUGAGAAUGACCGGCUGUGGCGUAAGAACAGGCAGGCUCGCGAGUCCAGCUCUUGUAUCGGCACAGACAUCAACCGCAACUGGCCCCAUCAAUGGGACGUGCCCGGCGGCUCUUCCACGAACCCCUGUGUCGAAACGUACCGAGGCGAGUCCCCCGGCGACACGCCCGAGAUGGCUGUCAUGACGAACCACACGCUCAGUCUUGCCGAGUCCACGGGAAUCAAGUUUUAUGUUGACUGGCACUCGUACAGCCAGCUGAUUCUCCUGCCGUACGGGUACAGCUGCGACGCUAUGGUGAAGGACUUUGAUACGCAGAUGGAGCUCGCUCGUGGCGUUCGCGAUGCCAUCAGGAGCGUCAACGGGCUGGACUUUGUGUAUGGACCCACGUGCGAGACCAUCUACCAAACUUCGGGCGGUAGCAUGGACUACGUGUACGAUGUGGCCAAUGCAGAGCUCUCGUGGGCUUUUGAACUGCGGCCCCAGUCGCCGAGGCAGGGCGGCUUCGCCAUCCCCCCUGAGAACAUCAUCCCCAGUGGUGAGGAAGUCUGGGCGGGUAUGAGGAACCUCUUUGCGAAUUUCUGA